GAAAUUAUAUAUAUAUAGUUGUAGGUGACUUGAACGGAGGAUAUGCAAGCAAGAAACAAAUAGGUAGAAAUAGAUCAACAAAAAUGGGACCUCAGGAGCCUGAAUAGAACAUCAGCCACAUGGAUGCUUCGCUCUAUAAGGCAGCAGCAGAAGGCAACAUUGAAGUAUUCAAUAAUAAGCAGGGACUUCAACUUGAGUCGCUGAAGACCCCAAACCAUGACAACGUCCUCCAUGUUAACUUGGCAACCCCGGAGACUGCCGCCUGGCUUUUAAACAGAUUUCACUCAUCCGAUCCGGUUAUGAGUUUUUUCAUUACUAUGAUAAAAAGAGAAAAAAGAUCAGAUUUCAUCGAACAAAUUCUCAGCAAGUGUCCGUCACUGCUACUCCAAACGAAUGCUAAAGGUCAAACUCCUUUACACGUUGCAGCAAGGAAUGGACAUUCUGCUAUUGUGAAACUUCUAAUCAAGUUUUGCGCAAAAGCUAGAGAUGGAGAUUUAGAGAAGCUGGGAAUGGAUCAAGUAAAUGCAGUCAGGGAGAUGCUGAGGAUUACGGAUCAGGAAUCCAACAUGGCUUUACACGAAGCAGCACGUUGUGGCAAUGUUGAAGUGGCGAAAGCAUUGUUGGAGUUUGAAGACCCUGAUUUUCCGUAUUCUGCCAACAAAAAACAGGAGACUCCACUUUACAUAGCAGCUAGGAGGAGAGGAUCUGCGCGCUUGUUGACUCUAUUAUUAGAUAAAUUCAAAUCAACAGCUCAUGGCGGCCCCCACGGUAGAACAGCUUUGCAUGCAGCAGCUAUGGCUGGUGAUGCAGAGGCAAUAAAGGUAAUAUUGAAUAAGAAGGGGAAUUUGACAAAGGAAAGAGAUGAAGAUGGACACACCCCUCUCCAUUAUGCUGCACACUUUGGUUAUAGAUUCUCAGUUGUGAAAGAACUGUUAAAAAGGGAUGUAUCAGCUGCCUAUAUUGGUGACAAAAAGAGGGGGAUGACACCCCUUCUAUUGGCAGCCAGGCAAGGUUAUCUUGAAACAGUUUCAAAGAUUCUCUCUUUAUGUCCAGAUUGUUGUGAAAAAGUGGACAACAAAGGUUUGAAUUUACUUCAUUAUCUGGCUUUUAGAGGCUCUUCCUCUCCAUUUGGGAAUUCUGUUUUCAAGAGUGGUCAUAUUGAGAUUGUAUACGGAUCAGUCAAAAAUCUAAUGGAGUUGGAAGGUGCCUUUGGAAUGACACCUCAAGAUGUUGAUAAUGCAGUUCGAUCUCAGAAACAUCAUCAUAAACAGAAGCAAAUCAAAGAAUUGUUGGAAGAAAUUGAGAAUGAUCAAGUGGCGGAGGAACCAGUUCAUCACUUUACCGUACGAAAUAAUUCUAUAGAAAGUUUGGAGAAGACAGGAAAUGCUCAUUUAAUAGUUGCAGCACUUAUAGCCACCGUCGCAUUUGCAGCGGCAAUAACUGUUCCUGGUGGUUUGGAGAGUGAAAAAGAGUCAAAUCGAGGCACCCCCAUUUUGAUUCAAGAGGCAGCCUUUAAAGCAUUUGUUGUAACAAAUGCAAUGGCCUUUAUUUUCUCUGUUUCUGCCCUCACCACCCACUUUGGGAUGACACCCCUUAUUAUGGCAGCCAAGCAAGAGUGUCAUCUUUUCAAGCUUGGUGGUAUCGGGAUUGCAUAUGGAUCGGUCAGAAAUUUAAUGGAGUUGGAAGGUGCCUUUGGAAUGACACCUCAAGAAAUUUAUAAUGCACUUCAAUAUGAGAAACAUCAUCAUAAACAGAAGCAAAUCAAAGAAUUGUUGGAAGAAAUUGAAAAUGAUCAAAUGGCGGAGGAACUAGUUCAUUGUUUUCCCUUACAAAAUGUUUCUACAGAAAGCUUGAAGAAGAAAAGAAAUGCUCAUUUAGUAGUCGCAGCACUUCUAGCUACCAUCGCAUUCGCAGCAGUAAUAACUGUUCCUGGUGGUUUGUAG